AUAAAUCAUUUUUCUUGGAAAAAAUAAUUUCUCUAAGAGGAGAAAAAGGAUUUUUUUGUAUGUUUUUUGAUAGUUCAUUUUUUUUAUUCAAUCCUCAGAUACUUUAAUCUCUCGGUCGAAUUCAUUACCCCCACCCCCAUCCUCUCCUCCUUCCCCGCCCCCGACCAGUUCGAGAAGCAUUUUAUAUGGACAAUGGUUCUGAGAUUGCUUUCCUUAAAUCAAGAAAAGGAUUCGUAAGGAUUGCUAUAGAGACAGGCAAGCCUUUGGUUCCUGUAUUUUGCUUUGGCCAGUCCAAGGUAUACAAGUGGUGGAAACCCAGCGGCAAAAUGUAUUUGGAGUUUUCUAGAGCUAUAAAGUUCACGCCACUUAUUUUUUGGGGAGUCCUCGGAUCCCCUAUACCAUUUAGAGAACCCUUGCAUGUUGUGGUUGGCAGACCUAUUGAAUUCAAGAGCAAUCCUCUACCUUCAACUGAAGAGGUUGAGGAAGUACACAAUCGUUUCGUGGUAGCGCUGCAAGAUCUCUUUGAAAAUCACAAAAAGAAGGUUGGCCAUGGGGAUAGCAUGCUCAGAAUUCUUUAGUGUAUUAAGCUGGACUUCGUUUGUAACAUCUGCACAUCAAUAAUAAAAGGAAAUGAGCCCAAGUUCCGUUUGGUACACAGAAUUAAGUAAUGAAAUUUGAGAGUUCAA